ACAAGCUCCCUCAAUGCAUAUUUCCUGCAUCGAUCACUCACCUUAUUCACAAUGGACCCCUCAUUUAUGGAAAAGCAAUGGGAUGAACUCCCCGAUCCCAAACGCAUCUGGAUAGGCCAACCAGGCAGCCGAGAAGAAGGUCUAGGCCGUCUCGUCCUGCUGACGCCAGAGCGGGUGGCUUCAGCCGCACAGACACAGAUCAAGACUGGGAUCCGCGUCAAUCUCGGUUGGGAUCUGAAUAAGCUUGAGUUUGCGUGCUUUAACCGGCAGCCGUGUGAGCUCAAGAUGGUGCCGCUGCUGGAUGGUGUUGCAUUUGAUGAUAUUUAUGUUAUGAAUCCCCAGCAGAGUAGUCAGUGGGACGGAUUGAGACACUUUUCUAUGCCGAGGGAGGAGGGGAGUAAAGAGAGGGUGUUUUAUGGAGGGACGACGAAGGAGGAGAUUUUGGAUAGGACGAAUGACCGUAUUGGUAUUCACCACUGGGCUCAAGAAGGAAUAACAGGCCGUGGAGUUCUAAUCGACUACGCAUCAUGGGCUGAAAAGAACGGCAUCGCCUACUCAACCUUCUCCUUACACACUAUCAAGCUCAACGAGAUCCUCCAGAUUGCCAAAGAAUGCAACAUCACCUUCCGACGCGGUGACAUUCUUCUUGUCCGCAUUGGCGUGAUCAAAGAAUGGGAGCAUGUUAUGGAUGUAGACGCCAAGAAGGCAUAUGCUGCUACUACAAGUCCUCAACAUGCAGGCGUUGAAGGAACAAUGGAUGUGCUCAAGUGGAUAUGGAACACGGGUUUUGCAGCUGUGGCGGGUGAUGCUAUUAGUUGGGAGGUAUACCCGCCAAGUGAAGGGGGUGUUUUGAUGCAUGAGUAUAUGUUGGCUGGAUGGGGGAUGCCAAUUGGUGAGUUGUUUGAUCUGGAGAGAUUGGCAGAGACAUGCAAGCAAUUGAACCGCUGGACGUUCUUCAUGUCAUCUUCGCCGUUUAACAUGAAGGGAGGUAUUUCCUCGCCACCAAAUGCACAAGCUAUCUUCUAGAUACUUCGUCUACCUUCACAUGCCACAACCAACCGCUAGAUGACAGCUCAGCAUACCCUCAAACAGAGUAACAAAAUCGUAUCAUUAUCAUUGCUUUUUAUGCCCUUCCUUGAAAUUUUCUUUACACGACAGCCACUCAAUCAGUAAUUACAUGUGAACACAAGGAUCCUUCGCAUCAUAUCACCAAAUUCUCUCGUAACCGAGAAAGAGAAGACGGCCCGGGGAAUUAAACCGGCGGGGGUAUUUUAAACGGUGAUCGACAAUAAAUGGGCCGAGUACGGAAGCGAUGUAACGACGGGACGACCAACAUGCAUAUGAUUUGGC